GACUACAAAUGUAAACAGAUGAACGAUACGUCGCACAGUUUUUCAUUCAUGCGCUUAAAAAAUUGGCAUCAAGAAAAUAAUUGUUAUUAUUUAAUCAAAGUCUAGUUAAUAAACUUAAAAUGGAACUAGUGUCUUUUUCAAAUGAAGUCUUGCAUCAGAUUUUUUUGUAUAGCAGCAUUGACAUCAAAACUUUGAUCAGUAUUAUGAGUACCUGUCAUCGAUUGCAUAAUCUAGUACGAGACUCGAAUGACUUAUGGAGACGAAAAUUCAAAGAAAGGUGGACAAAAUUAUAUUCAGAAUUAAAAGAGACCAGCGACAUCCUUUGGUUUGAUAUGGUCGUUUGGAGAUUCAAAGUGGUUAAGAAUGUUAAAGAUUCUUUAGAAGGUUUUUCAUCUGUGUGUUACCCCGUUGGCCAACCACCACAUGAAUUGAUGGAUUACCUCAUUUCCCAUAACUAUCUCAUAAUAUCUUCUGUUUCUUCUGUAUUGUUCAUUGAAGAUGAACUUACAAAAAUAAUCCAUCAUCAAACAAGUAAAGUGAAUGAAAAUUUAACAUCUAAAAAUUAUGCCCGUAAAGUGCUCCAGUAUUUAAGAAGCCAGAGAAUACAGAGCAUGUGGUUAAAUUUGAUGUCAAGACCGAAUUCUGAGAAAUCUUUAUUGGAAGGUGCUGUGCUGAUUGCUCAAUGGGGCCAGAUCGAAAAAGAACAUUUGACUAGUUUACAAGAAGUUGAGAAAAUCUUGGACAAUAUUGUUCUUAGAACGAGACAGCUGGUUCAUAUAAAUGGUAUUGUCUUAGAUCCUGAAAAUCGAAGAACUGUUGGGCAAGUCUUGAAAUAUGUCAAUCAAGUUUUGUAUGAAGAGAUGGGUUUUAAAGGCAACACAGAAAAUUACUAUGCACAUGAAAAUUCCUACAUUGAUAAGGUACUUGAAACAAGAAGAGGCAUUCCCAUAACUCUGUGCAUCAUCUAUCAUGAAGUUGCAAAAAGAAUGGGAAUCCUGUGCGAGCCUGUGUCUUUUCCUCAACAUUUUCUAUUAAGAUGGCGUGAAUACCCGGAACGGGAGGCUGCUGAUAGUUACACAUUCAUUGAUGCUUUCAAUCAAGGAGCUUCGCAUCAGCCUCGUUCUUGCCCUGCUAUGAUUGGUCAACCUCGUCAGAAUAUUCGUCGUGAAGCCUACGCGGCCGUUCCGGCCGAACAAGUGUUCCAGCGGAUGGUCAACAAUCUGAUCCAAUGCUCUAGAGGUCACGGAGAUAGGCAGGAUAACCGACGUGAUGAUCAACGAUUGCGGAACCAACUUCACUUUUCUCGUUUGGCUUGUGUCAUUUCUCCGGGUCAAACUCCUUCGGUUGUCGCCUAUGCCGAGUUGGCCGCCUUUCUUGGAAUUUAUCUAGAAGAUGCCAUUAAACUUUUACAGUCUCGGGGAUUCAAUGAUGAAUGGACUAGAGUUGACUUUGAGCCUGGCCAUUGGGAACGUGUCCGUCAAAUUACUUUGACUAAAUGCACAACGAAGUUGAGUGAACAGCAGUUUCAAACAACGAACAGAGUAGCAUGCCAUCGGCCACAAUCCAUGAGAUUUGCCGUCGGCCUCGUCAUGAAUUACUGCUGCUUCAGUGGAGAAUUAUUGCGAACAAUGUAUACUUGCGUCAUUGUGUCUUGGGAUGCAAAAUGUCAAGCAACUGAUGAGUGGGUAAGCCGGAUGACCCGAAACUUGAUACGUGGUAGAGAUCAACCGUUCUAUUACGUUUUGACCGAGGACGGAAACGCUGGCUAUGUGGCAGAAGACGAUCUGGAACUUCAUCCUGAGGGUGUUGUCAUCAACCACGCAGAUAUUGGCCUGCACUUUGAAAGUUUUGACGGUCGUCGCUACGUUCCCAAUGCCGAGAAGAGAGCCGAGUAUCCAGACGACGAAGCGGUUGCGUUGUCAUUGAUUGGAUGAACAUCACAGUUAUUCAUUUACCUCGUUAUUACUUUUAAUUUGCAUGCACCGUUUUUAUCUCUGCUGAUCGGUUUUUAAAAUCGAAAUCGCUAAGAGAAUUAGGGAAGGUCGAUAUACAGGCUUGUGUUACUGUUGAUGCUUAUCGCACCCUUGUUCGUGUUAUUGGUAGAACCGUUUGAGGGCCAGGUUCACGCAGAAUAUGGUCGUUGAUAAUUUUUGCACGUGCCGUGUAUUCUUUAGUGUGUCAGUCAGAGAGAAAAAGAUUUGAUGACGGAAUGGACAACAAGUGAGAAAAAUUGUUAAAGGUGAAAUCAUACUAUUAGAUGAGCUGAUGUUUCAGGGUUGCGGGAGGACCAUAUUCCUACGCAACGCGUUCAUGCAAUGUUCGGCGUCGAUCCUCAGGGUUGCUUCCUUGACGGCAAUCUCCUGUUCCAGAUCGAAUUUCGACUGACGUAAACGACGCAACGAAGCAUCGGCCUUUUUUUUUUGUUUUUCACGAAAAGAUCAAAUCGAUAUUAUUUUGACCCAUCAUUUGGGUCUAUAUUAUUGUUAACUGAAUACAUUUUUUGGGAAAGUU